GGCCCAAAUGAGAUGGGUCACGGGGCCGGUAAGAAGUGUUAAACGAUCAGCAUUAGGAUUAGUAAGCAGUAGACGAAAAUGCAUCUAUGCUAGCUCGUGCGGUUUCAAAAAGUUAGAUAACUCUCUGUUUCGCGGAAUCAUGAUUCAUGUAUUCAUGCCUUUCGCAAUCGCAAGUCUAUGGACAACAAAAGAGUUUUUUUUUUCCCCUGAAAAUGGAAUAAUGCAACCGAUAUGAGCAGAAUCAGGCUAAAUCUGAAAUGGGUUCUUUUAGACUACAUUCGUAGAUGCAACAAUUUGAAAUCUUUCAAGAAAAUUCAUGCCCAGUUAGUUACUUCAGGCAUUGUCCGCAAUGACUUAGUUGUCAAAAGAGUUGUUGACUUUUUUGGAAAAUCUGUCGAUUUUGUUGAUUUCGGAUGUGGUUUUUUGAAACAAUGUGAUUGGCGCGUAAGCUCAUUCCCUUUUAAUAGUUUAAUUUCCAGCUAUGCUGGCAGUGAUAGACCGCAGAUAGCAAUUUUAUGUUAUAGACAAAUAGUGAGAAAUGGAUUUUUGCCUGAUUCGUACACUUUCCCUGCCAUGCUGAAAUCAUGUGCAAUGUUUUUGGGGAUUGGAGAAGGGAUGCAGAUUCAUGGGAUAGUUAUUAAGAUGGGUCUUGUAUGCGAUCUCUAUGUGCAAAACUCGCUUGUUCAUCUAUAUGGUGUUUGUGAUGAUUGUCGUAGUGCUGGCAAAGUGUUUGAUGAGAUGCCUGUGAGAGAUGUGGUGUCUUGGACCAGUAUCAUUGCUGGAUACGCGAGGGCAGGGUUAUUUGAUGAGGCUGUGACCAUGUUUCUGAGCAUGAACGUUGAGCCAAAUACGGCAACGUUUGUUAGUCUGUUAGUUGGUUGUGGGAGAAGCGGGAAUCUGCGUAUGGGGAGAAGGAUUCAUGGAUUGAUAUUUAAGCGCGCGUCAAAGGUAAGUUUGGAGGCCAGCAAUGCCCUUAUGGAUAUGUAUGUAAAGUGUGAGUGUUUGAGUGAGGCCAAGCAAAUAUUUCAUGAGCUUCCUAAGAAAGAUAUUGUUUCUUGGACCAGUAUUAUAAGUGGAUUGGUCCAAUGUCAACGACCCAAGGAAUCGCUAGUGUUAUUUCGCAAGAUGCACAGCUCAGGUAUUGAGCCUGAUGGGGUCAUACUUACCAGUGUGCUUUCAGCUUGUGCCAAUGUUGGUGAUCUGGAUUAUGGCCGAUGGGUACAUGAGUACAUUGAUAGGAGGGCCAUCAAAAGGGAUAUUCAUAUUGGAACUGCUAUGGUUGAUAUGUAUGCAAAGUGUGGCUGCAUAGAGAGGGCACUACAGACCUUCAAUGAAAUGCCCUGUAAGAACAUCUUUACAUGGAAUGCUUUACUGAAUGGAUUGGCAAUGCAUGGACGUGGCUAUGCGGCGCUGAAAUUUUUUGAAGAAAUGGUGGGGGAGGGUAGUACGCCAAAUGAAGUUACAUUUCUAGCCAUUUUGACAGCUUGUUGCCACUCUGGCUUGGUAGAUAAAGGACGGAAAUACUUUAAUCAGAUGAUAAGCCAGCAAUAUAAUCUUUCCCCAAGGUUAGAACACUAUGGAUGCAUGACAGAUUUGCUUUGCAGGGCUGGACUCUUGGAUGAAGCUUUAAUGCUCGUGAGAACUAUGCCUAUGGCACCUGAUGUGCUUAUAUUGGGAGCUCUUCUUAGUGCUUGCAAGGACAAAGGAAUUCUAAAACUCCCUCAAGAUAUACUAGACCACCUCAUAGAGCUUGGGACUGUAGAUAGUGGGCUCUAUGUGCUCCUUUCUAAUAUCUAUGCCUCUAAGCAACGAUGGACUGAUGUGACCAGAAUAAGGAGAUUAAUGCUUGAGAAGGGAAUUAAAAAGUUUCCUGGGUGGAGUGUUAUAGAGGUAGACAGGCAGACUUAUGAGUUUGUUGUUGGAGAUCUUAAGACAUGGUCUUGUUAAAUGUGCGCUUCAAAUUUUAGUUUUUGGCUAAUCAAGUUAAGAUAUUAAUUGAUCUA